GCCAUGGCCGCCGAUCUGGGGGACCCCAAAACUCCCGCGGCCCCCCCCGCCCCCCCAAAACGCUUCUUCCGCAAGAGCGUGGAGGUGCUGGAGGAGGAGGAGCGGGGCGAGCGCGGCGGCGACCCCGGCCCGCGGGGCGACCCCCGGCUCGGGGCGGGCGAGGAGGGCGAGGAGGAGGCGGAGAUGAAGGCCGUGGCCACCUCGCCCGGCGGCCGCUUCCUCAAGUUCGACAUCGAGCUGGGGCGCGGCGCCUUCAAGACGGUCUUCAAGGGCUUCGACACCGACACCUGGGUGGAGGUGGCCUGGUGUGAGCUGCAGGACCGCAAGCUGACCAAGGCAGAGCAGCAGCGCUUCAAGGAGGAGGCCGAGAUGCUCAAGGGGCUGCAGCACCCCAACAUCGUCCGCUUCUACGACUCCUGGGAGUCCUCUCUCCGCGGCAAGAAGUGCAUCGUCCUCGUCACCGAGCUCAUGACCUCGGGCACCCUCAAGACGUACCUCAAGAGGUUCAAGGUGAUGAAGCCGAAGGUGCUGCGGAGCUGGUGCCGGCAGAUCCUGAAGGGGCUGCAGUUCCUGCACACGAGGACGCCGCCCAUCAUCCACCGCGACCUCAAGUGCGACAACAUCUUCAUCACCGGCCCCACCGGCUCCGUCAAGAUCGGCGACCUGGGGCUGGCCACGCUCAUGCGCACGUCCUUCGCCAAGAGCGUCAUCGGGACCCCCGAGUUCAUGGCCCCCGAGAUGUACGAGGAGCGCUACGACGAGUCCGUGGACGUCUACGCCUUCGGGAUGUGCAUGCUGGAGAUGGGCACGUCCGAGUACCCCUACUCUGAGUGCCAGAACGCCGCCCAGAUCUACCGCAAAGUCACCAGCGGCAUCAAGCCGGCGAGUUUCCACAAGGUGACGGACCCCGAGGUGAAGGAGAUCAUCGAGGGCUGCAUCCGGCAGAACAAGGCUGAGAGGCUGUCCAUCCGGGACCUGCUGGACCACGCGUUCUUCGCCGAGGACACGGGGCUGCGCGUGGAGCUGGCCGAGGACGACGCGGGGCUGGACCCGGCGCUGGCGCUGCGGCUCUGGGUGGAGGACCCCAAAAAGCUCAAGGGCAAGCACAAGGACAACGAGGCCAUCGAGUUCAGCUUCAACCUGGACGCCGAUGUCCCUGAGGAGGUGGCCUACGAGAUGGUGAAAUCCGGGUUCUUCCACGAGAGCGACUCCAAGGCUGUGGCCAAAUCCAUCCGGGACCGGCUGGCGCUGGUGAGGAAGACGCGGGAGAAGAAGCAGGCGGAGAGCAGGGGGGGCCCCGAGAGCCGGGGGGGCCCCGAGAGCGAGGACACCGAGGUCGAUCAGCACGUGCGGCAGCAGCUGCUGCGGGAGCAGCCCCCGCCCGGCCCUGCCGAGGGGCUCCAGGACAAUGCCCCCGCCCCAGAUGUCCCCGGUCCCUGCGGUGUCACUGGGCCACCUGAGCAGCUCUGGGGGUACCCACAGGGACCCCAGGAUGGGGUGUCCCCCCCUGUGCCACCACCGGUGACCCAGGGGACCGAGGGGACAGCAGAGGAUGGCACCGGAGGAGCCACCACGGAGCCACCUGGGCCUGAGGGGGACCCCUGUGGCUGUGGGUUGGUGACAGUGGGGGCACAGCCACAGGUGGCACCUGGGGCACCGGGGCCGGGGAUGGCACCGAGAGUGGCAGCAGGGGUGGCACUGCCAGCUGCGGGGGUGACAACGGCUCCUGGAGUGUCACCAGCGCAAGGGGUGCCACCUCCUACUGGAGUGCCACCGGCCUCGGGGGGGACACCAGCUCUGGGGGUGCCACCUCCAGCUGGAAUGCCACCAGCUCCAGGGGUGCCACCAGCUCUGGGGAUGACACCUGGUCCAGGAGUGCCACCCCCAGCUGGGGUGCCACCACAGUUGGUCCCUAUGAUGCAGCUGCAACCAGGCCCAGGAAUGCCACCAACAGCCCCUGGAAUGCCACCAGCCCAAGGGAUGCCACCAGCCCAGGGGAUGUCACCAGGUCCAGGAAUGCCACCACCGUCUGGGAUGCCACCAGCCCAGGGGAUGCCACCAGGUCCAGGAAUGCCACUGCCAUCUGGGAUGCCACCAGCCCAGGGGAUGCCACCACAGCCAGUCCCCACCAUGCAGCCACAGCUGGUGCCAGGGAUGUCACCAGCUCCAGGGAUGCCACCAGUGGUGGGGAUGUCACCAGCUCUGGGGCUGCCACCACUGUCCGUCAUGACACCAGUCAUGGGGAUGUCACCGGCCCCAGAGAUGCCACCUCCAUCCAUGAUGCCACCAGCCCAAGGGAUGCCACCUCCAUCUGUGAUGCCACCAGUCAUGGGGGUGUCACCAGCCCCAGGGGUGCCACCUGCCCAAGGGAUGCCACCACCAUCCAUGAUGCCACCAGCCUCAGAGAUGCCACCACCAUCCGUGGUGCCACCAGCCAUGGUGAUGCCACCAACCCCAGGGAUGCCACCAGCACAAGGGAUGCCAGCUCCACCCAUGAUGCCACCAGCCCAAGGGAUGCCAACUUCAUCCGUGAUGCCACCAGCCCCAGGGGUGCCAUCUCCAUCUGUGCUGCCACCAGCCCCAGGGGUGCCACCUCCAUCCAUGAUGCCACCAGCCAUGGGGAUGCCACCAGCCCCAGAGAUGCCACCACCAUCCCCAAUGCCACAACCCCCUACGCUCCCUGGCCCCGAGGACCCCUCAGUGCCCGCCGAGGCCGCGUCCCUGCUGCGUGUCCCCGAUGUCCCCGAAGUCCCCGGGCCGCGUGCCCGGCAGCGCCGCGCAUCGUGCCAGCGCCCCGCCCGCUUCCAGCUCACCGUACUGCAGGUGUCCUCAGCUGGGGACAACACGGUGGAGUGCCAGCUGGAGACCCACGACAGCAAGAUGGUCACCUUCAGGUUUGACGCGGACGGGGACGCGCCCGAGGACAUCGCCUGCUACAUGGUCGAGGACAACUUUGUCCUGGAAGGGGAGCGGGACAAGUUUGUGGAGGAGCUCAAGGCCAUCGUGGAGCAGGCGCGGGGGCUCCUCGGGACCCCUGCCCCAGACCCCCAGGUGGGACCCCUGGAGCCGCCAGCGGGUGGAGAAGGCCCCCCCCAGUCGUCACCCGUGGGGCGCUGGAGGUUCUGCAUCAACCAAACCAUCCGGAACCGCGAGGCCACCGGCCCUGGGGGACCCCCGCCCGUCCGGAGAGCCUUGGGGACAUCCCAGGGGGGUCCCCUUGGACAGGGGACAAACAAGAGUGGAGUGUCGGAGCAGGAUGGACCAGGGGGGCCAGAGAUGGGGGUCCGCAAAACCCAAGACCUGGAUGUCCCCCAGGGACAGGAGUCGGUUGUCCCCAAACCAGAGGAGCUGGGUGUCCCCCAGGCUUUGGGGACAGCUGUCACCAGUCCCCAGGAGGUGGCUGAACCCAUGGGACCAGAGGGGAUCAACCCCAAACCCCAAGAUCUGGGGGUUGCCCAAGGCUCGGGGCUGAGUGUCCCCAGCCCUGGACACCUGGAUGUGGCUGUCCCCAAACCUCCGGAGCUCAAUGGCCACCAAGAGCCCCUCAUCCCUGGGGAUGCAGAGCCAGGUGUCCCCCAGGAAGAGGGGACAGUCACUGCCCCGUGGGAGCAGGAGGGACCCGGGCCUGACCCCCCAGAGCCGGACGUGUCCCAAGAGCCAGGUGACCCCCAAGGACUGGGGACAUUCGUCACUGGACCCCCAGAGCCACCAGGUGACCCCCAAGGACUGGGGACAUUUGUCACCGGUGCUUGGGGGCAGGAGGGACCCCCAGGACCAGAGGCCGUGCCCCCCGCCCGCCCCCCGCCCGGGGGUGCCUCCUUCCCGCUGGGGCUGUGCCCCCGCCUGCGCAGCCCCCGCAAGGGCUGGGGCCGCCGCAUCAAGAGCUGGGCCCGGCGCCUGCGCCCCCCCUCCGGCGGGGGGGACCCCCACACAGAGGAGUCAGAGGAACUUGGGGACCCCCCAAGGCGAGAGCACUGCCAGCCACCCCCUGAGCCCCCCGACCCCGAGGGCGACUGGGGGGGCCCCAGCUCGGGCAGCGAGAGCGGGGGGCUGGGGGGACCCCCGCACCCCCCCGGGGCCCCCCUGCUCCCCCCGGGGUCCCCCGAGACCCCCCUGAGCAGCGAUGGGGACUCGGAGCCCGAGGACGAGGCGCUGCGGGAGCAGCUGCGGCGGCUGCGGGAAAAGCACAUCCAGGAGGUUCUGGAGCUGCGGGCACGGCAGGACCGGGAGCUGCGGGAGCUGCACCGGCGGCUCCGAGCCCUCAAAGAGGCCCGGGGGGACCCCCCAAAAUGGGGAGGGGGCGGCGGGACGCCCCCCCAGCGCGGCCUUGGGGGGUCCCCACGGCGGCCUCGGGGGGCCCGGGCACGAGGGAGGGGCCGGGGCGUGGCCCUGACAGGUUUGGGGGCCACCUCCUCGUGGGUCUCCACCCUGCGCGGCACGCGUGGGACCCCCCGAAAAUGGGGGGAGCUGCCCCCCCCCAAACCCGCCCUGCGUGGGGGGGGCAGCCCCCUCCCCCCGGGGGCCGAGUGA